AUGGCGAACCCCUCACGCAGCGGCAGCGGCGAGGGCCUGGACAGCCCGCUCAUGGGCAGCCCGCUGGCCAGCACGCGGAGGAGGUCGGCCUCGCGAGGAGAUCAGCCUCGCCAGAGGACCUGGAGCGCUUCGGGCGCGCUCGCGCGCCUCACCAGCCGGCAGAAGCUCGAGGCCACGCUGGGGCAGCUGCUCCAGGACGAGGGCGGCGAGUGCGACGGCCCGUUCAGCCUGGACGCCGAUGCGCCGGCGGGCAGCCCGGGGAGCACGCCGUGGCCACGCGCGGACAGCGGCGACCGCUUCCACACCGGGUCGGCAUCGCCGCUGCCCGCGGGGCCUUGCCUGUCCGUGAGGGCUGCAGUCGCACGGGUCCCGGGAGUCAUGAUAGGGACGACGAUGAACAUCAUGCUGAGCGUCCCUUUUGGCCUCGCCAUGUUUCCCACGGGCUGGGACCCGAUGCCGUAUCCGCGUGCCAUGGGCUUACAGAUGUUUUUGUUCUCGACGUUUAUCUGCCAGGUAUGUAUGACCUUGUUCUCGGAGUUCCCCUGCAGCAUGGGCAUGAUGAUGGUAGAGAACAUCCCCUUCAUGCACACCAUAGCCGAGGGAGUGAUCAGGGGCCAGGGCACGGGGGCCGACGCCAUGGCGACGACCAUGAUGGCCUUCGCCAUCUCCACAGUGCUCAUGGGCAGCUGCUUCUUCCUGUUGGGCCGGUUCAAACUUGGCAAAGCGGUCAGCUACUUCCCUCGCCACUUUUUGAUCGGCUGCAUCGGCGGCAUCGGCAUCUUUGUCACACAGACGGGCUUUGAGGUCUCGACCAAUGUGCCCUGGGCCUGGACGUGGGAGUCCGUGGAGAGGUACGGCAGCGCGGACCUCCUGCCCCUGAGCUUGACAUCUGUGGCUUUAGUCAUCGUUCUGAACGUCGCGCUGCGGCUUGUGCACUGGACGCUUCUGCCUCCCUGCUUUUUCGUCGGCAUUAUCCCCGCCUUCUACAUCGUGCUGCUGGCGAUGGGUGUGUCCGUGGACGUGGCGCGUGAGCAGGGGUGGAUUUUCCCUUUCCCCCCCACCACGGACCUGGCCGUGCUGUGGGACGUGUUCAAUGUGCACGCAGUGCGCUGGGACCUCAUCUUCAUUCAGACGCCCACCCUGGUAGCGCUCACCUGCUUCGGGCUCAUGCACGCGCCCAUCAACAUCCCCAGCUUGUCCAUGAGCACGGGGGUGGAGGUCGACAUGAACCGCGAGCUGAUGGUCCACGGCGCCAGCAACCUCGCCUCCGGGCUCCUGGGCGGGCUCCCAAACUACCUGUGCUACUCCAACUCCCUGCUCUAUCCCAGGGAGGCUUCCGCCCUUCUGCCGAUCCCCGGAGGAACCCUCCUGAUCCACGUCGGCCUCGACUUGAGCAAGGAGGCGCUCGUGGACUCGCUGGAGGGCUUCGACACGUUCGAGUAUAGCUGCGUGGUGCUGAUCACGAUCACCAUGACCAUCUUCGGCAUGACCACCGGCCUUGGCUUUGGUCUCGUCCUCUCGGCGGUUUCCUUCACUCUGCAGAACAUGCGCCACUGCGAGCCAGUGCGUGGCGUGAUGCCCGCGACGACGCUGCGGAGCUCCGCGAAGAGGACGAGCCUGGAGCGCGAGGUUCUCAAGGAGGGCAUGCGCCACGUGGAGGUCGUGCAGCUGCAGGGGACCAUCUUCUUUGGAAACGCCACGGUGCUCUCCUCCCGCGUCGAGGAGAUGCUGGCGGCGAAGAGGUCCAUCAAGGCUCUCGUCCUGGACUUCACUCUGGUGCGCUCCCUGGAGAGCUCCGCGGCGGAGACCAUUGCGAAGAUCUACGCCAUCGCGCGGCGCCACGACGUCGCGGUGGCCUACAACCGCGGCGACACGGAGGGCUUCCCCACCUCGGCGCCUCUGAGCCGUCGGCUCGCGGACCUGAAGAGGGAGCAGGUGCAGAACGGCUCUGCCCUGCACGUCUCCGAUGAGCUGGACGAUGCGCUGAUGUGGGCCGAGGAGCUCAUACUGCAGCAUGCACGACAGGCGGGGGAGCUGGGUGUGCCGGCGGCCGUGGUCGAGGAGGGCGGCUUCGGCGAGGAGGGCGGCCACGAGGGCGACGCCCA